AUGAUUGACUUUGAGCUAAUUAAAUGGCAAAAAUAUUUCUACACAGUAAAAGCCAAAGGUUGGUGACGGGCUGACGCUUUUUACCAACAAAGUGAGUGUGGGAUCCAUUAUGGGGAUUUCCAGAAUAGACAUUCAUUGUUGCUAUCCUCAACUAGGUUCUGCUGCUUCACCUCUUUUACCAUUCUUUCCCCUUUUCUUGCAAUAAUUCAACUUAGAACAGGGAAAGGAGCAUCUGGGUUAUCUUCUGUCUGGUUUGAUUCGAAUAUAGAACCUGCUGCUCUUCAUCUGGUAAUGAAUUGCUGAAAGCUGUGCCCUCACUCAAUUACCAAUUACACUUUGUCGUCAACAGAACUGGAAAAGUUCCUCAUUUCCAGAUCAGCAGACUAGGAUUGAGCAACAAUUUUCUAAAUCUAAUCAACCAACUGAAAACGCAUCUCGCAUGGAACAGCAGGUUAAUCAAAGGAGUGAAAAUCAUGAUUUUACCAGAAUACAAGAUUGGGAUCCAAAAGCCAUUCUAAAAAAUAUGUCUUUUCUUGAACAAAAGAUUCAUCAACUCCAGGAGCUGGUGCGUAUAAUUUUUGACCACAGAAGUCUAGUUGGGAUUCAGGGAAAUGACCUUUCAAGUCAGCAACAACAGCUAAUAACUGCUGAUCUUACCUCUAUUAUUGUUCAAUUGAUAUCAACUGCAGGGAGUCUUCUUCCAACCGUGAAGCAUCAUACAUUUUCCUCCGCGAGCCCAACUACUAAGCAACCUGCGCAGUUUGGUGGUGUUUCGGUUCCUUCUGAAAAAGGUAUUAAUGCUGGUGCUCUACCACAUAGUGUUAAUGUGACUAAAGCGGAAGAUCAGUCCAACCAUGUUGAUCUAAUGGGCGAUUGUGGCAUUGAACAGAAGUAUGCUGCUGAUGAACAUGAGGCAAACGAUGAAGAUGAAUUCCAUGAGGAAGAGAACCUUCCUCCUGGUUCCUACGAGAUUCUGCAGCUGGAAAAAGAGGAAAUUCUUGCACCUCACACUCACUUUUGCACAAUUUGUGGGAAGGGAUUUAAGAGAGAUGCCAAUUUGCGGAUGCACAUGAGGGGUCAUGGGGAUGAGUACAAAACUCCAGCUGCUCUUGCACAGCCUCACAAGGAUCCCAGCUCUAGGACGAUGACCCUUAUUAAAAGGUAUUCCUGUCCUUGUGUUGGUUGCAAGCGCAACAAGGAGCAUAAAAGGUUUCAGCCGUUAAAAACUAUCUCAUGUGUGAAAAAACAUUACAGAAGAACCCACUGUGAGAAAAGCUAUGCUUGUAGUAGGUGCAAUCUAAAGAAAUUUUCAGUUAUUGCAGAUCUUAGAACACAUGAGAAGCAUUGUGGUAAAGAUAAAUGGCUUUGUUCUUGUGGAACAACCUUUUCCAGGAAAGAUAAGCUUUUUCGACACAUUUCCCUUUUCCAAGGACAUACACCUGCAAUUCCUCUAGAGGAAACCAAAGGUUUUGCUGAGACAUCUGAUCAAGGCCACACCGGUAAAGCAACGACAGAGGCUGGAGGAAUCGGUUGUGAGUUAAAUGUUCAGAAUGGUAGUGGGCUUCAAAAUACUAUAAAUGUAAAAGAGGAUGCAGAUAAUCCUGGCAGUUAUUUGUCACCGUUGAACAUUGAAACUAGCAAGCUUAGCGAACUCCAAGAGUUCCCUCGGCCACCAUUUGAGGACCCAGAAAACUCAUUCUCUUUUCUGCUGUCAGGUUCAUGUAAUUACCCUCGAAGACUGGAAAAAUAUAGGUUCUACUGAACUGGAAUAGCUCUAAGAAAUUUGUCGUUGGCAUAUAGCAUUCUGUUUCGUCAGUUCCUUUUGGGGAAUAAGUGAAGUCUUUUCUUAUUAUAUAUAAUGCACUUUAUUGAUUGCUUAAAAUGCUA